AUGUACGCCAGUGCUCUACUGCCGAUCCAGACUUCGACGGAAAUUCAAGAACUCGUAGAAACCAAUAUGAGGCACGCUGCAACAGCUCGGAGAAGAUGGCGUGACGAUCCUGCCUAUUUUGCAGAUCACUGCAACGAGCUCUGUGUGCGAGACUUCGGCGCUGGACAGGAUCCGCCAGAUCAGAUUCACGUUCUAGGUAAAGUGAUUGCUUGGCGUCAUGACGAGUUUCUAUCCUGGCGCAACCUGAAUGAGGUUCUGAAGGACCUCAAGCGAAUGGGACUUUCCAACAUCUCCCGCAACACAUCUCAACAAGUGAAAUUUGAGGGUCAGAUCAAAGAUGCCUAUCGAGAUGUGAUGAUUACCCUCACCAUAAAUAUUGCCAGGCAGCAGGUUGCCUUCCAGGCGGCUUUCGCAUUAGGUAGAGGAUCCGAACUUACUGUUACUACCAAUGUGUGGGAUAGCUUUGCCGGAAGAUUGAAAGGCCUGAUGGAAGGGUUUAGCAACUUCAAGCUCAAUACGGACUACCUAGACCUCAAAAUGGUUUCUCAUCUCGAUUACAUGCUCGCUGGACUCAGCAAGAUGUCGGGUUUGACAAGUACGAAUGCGGAAAAGCGUUUUUCGCACUUUUUGCUGGAAUACGAGCAAGCUAUCAAAACGAAUCCUCUGAUAUUGAACGAGAUCUCCGCUUAUUUCCAACAGACCAUAGGCUCAUUGGCGAUGUCCUUCGACAUAUUCGACUCAAUUUUGGCAGGUCGACAUCCCGACUAUUCGCAGGAUCGCAGGAUCGAAGUGGAAAAACAUAUAACGCCGCAUUUAGUCAAUGAUCUAUGGAAGGAUUACGAUGAUCUCUCGCUUAGACUUUUUGGUCAAACGGUUAGCAAGCCACUUCGACUGGAGCAGGCUUUAGAAAAACCCAAGCCCCAAUGGGUACGAGAGAUCGUAAUUCAAGAUACCUCUUUUCCCCUCACAGAUAUCCAUCUAUCUAUUUCAGGUCACACCUUCCUCAAGACGGAGACAGUCACAUCAGAAGAUAAGAAAAAGACUCGUGGAUUUGCCAAUGUCACUGACGAGGUCAUUGACGCACAAGUUGCGAUACCAAGAUUACAAAUCCAACCCAAUCCCUGCGAAGGCUCAGUGAGGUUUCAGGUCAAUAAUAAGCAGAUGAAGUUGGUAGCCAAGCUCUUCAGCAAAGCUAUCGACCAUGAAGGUCGAGGACAAGUCAAGUGGGUCGAUAUUUGUAAAGCACGCUCCGACCAGAUAUCUGGAAGCACUGAUCAACUACCCCUGCUAAUGUACUUUACAACCAGAGUUGACGAAGUCCGAGGUUCUAUCGUAAGAUUCGUCCCUCCCAAUAACGCCGGUCGACCUUUCCUGGAACAUCGUCCUCACCCGGGCAACAACAUCGGUGAGACCAGGUAUCGAGCAUUGUGGCAACGCCUGACAGAGAGAUAUGGCUGGACCGUUGACUGGUUCCAACGUGUUGAGCUGGAUGUUUGA